CACAUGCCUGAGCGGCCGCCAUAUUGCAAAUCGAUUUUUAAACAGAAAAUUUUUGAAGGAAAGCUUGUAAAGACUGCUGGAUAAGUCUUUGGUUAAUCGGUUCGUGUAGACCAUAUGGGAAUUUAGAAUACUAGAGAACUGGAAAGCUAUAAAUGUCCUGAAAAUGAUGUAAUCUUUUUUCGUGGAUUUGUGUUAAUAUUUGACAAGACAUCCAAGCUCUUUCCGUGAACUUUUCCCCUGUUGUCUUAAUUUUAUUGCUAUGUUGUUUAUAACGACAAGAGAUGUAAAGGACCUUUAAACAAAGGUUACUGUUGACGUUUUAUACCUGGCGAUUUGAUUUAAAAUGAGCGGCAGGCCUCGUACAACGUCGUUGGCGGAGACUGGCAAAUCUCAGGGAUCGUCUUUUGGCGGCGUUAAAGUUAGCCGUAAGUAUAUAUUUAAAAAUGUACUUUCAGUUUGGAUUUAAAAUAUCAUCUGUACAUUCUACUGCGCUGAAAUGUAUCUUGAAUUUGUCUGUCAUGAAUUGAUUGUAAUAUUAACCGGCCUGCCUGUCUACAAAGGUGACAAAGAUGGUGGCAAAGUGACUACAGUCAUUGCAACGUCAGGUUCGUUGCCUGAUCGAACUCAAGAAAUAAGUUACGCCGACACAAAAGUUAUUGGAAAUGGCUCCUUUGGUGUAGUUUAUCAGGCACGAUUAUGUGAGAGCGAUCAGCCAGUCGCAAUCAAAAAAGUUUUACAAGAUAAAAGAUUUAAGGUAUGGGCAUUAUUUUUCCCAUGUACAUUUAUAAAGUCGGCGCAGCUGAUAUUGUCUGCCAAAAAUGCGUCUUCAAUGCAUAAUUUUUCACAACUCAUACAUAUAUGAAAUAACAUGCUUUUCCCCACAGAAUCGAGAACUUCAAAUUAUGAGGAAACUCGACCACUGCAACAUUGUGAAACUGAAGUAUUUCUUUUAUUCAAGUGGCGAAAAGGUACGAAUAGGUUCACUUAAAUAACUAAUAAGAUAUACACAGUUAAUUUUGAAAUUAAUCUCCGUUUCCAUUGCUAAAUAUUUUGUUUGUGGGGAUAGUAGCUAAAUUGACGGUAAUUUAACAAGACAAAUUUUGUUUUUUCUACGAGUUAUAAAACUGUGUUAACCAUUUUUAUUGAUGAAUAAUAUUUCAUUGGGGGUUGCGGUGUUGGACAAUCUUCCCCACUCGACAGGUCUGGUUGCCUGGAGAAUAAUAUUAUACAAAUGAAUAUGGCUGUUUGGGCAAUAUUUAUUUUUUCAAUCAAUACAGCUACAAACUUUGCCCUUUGUAGCGUGUAGAAGUAUAGAUAUUUUCAUUUCAUUUUCCUGUUUAUAAACUGAGUGAAAAUUUCUAUAAUUUUGUUGACAUAUUUGUCAACCUCCAUUUGUAUAAACUGCAAAACAUUUCAGUUUAAAUGUUUGUUGAAAGACGCGUACAGUUAAACACAAAAGUGUUGAACAAUUUUAUUGAAACAUUCGCUAAUCAUUUAUAUUUUCAUUGUAUAUAAUUAUGCACUUCAUAUAAGCUGCUUUGGUUAUAAACUAAAAUUAUCAACAAUUAUCUGAUGUAACUGGUUUCAUUUACUACCUAAUAUAUAAUAUAUCCUUCCAAAAAAAUCCUGUGCAGAAAAAUGCUGAAUUCCACUUGUGUUUUCUUGCAUGAUCCAAUAUUCCCAUUUGCCCUGGAACCAUAAAACUUACAUGUAAAAGAAAAAAAUUAUGUAACUUCACAUUUUCAGUUAUAUAUUGUACAGGUAGCACAUCUUACAUUGCUAUACAUGACAUGUCAUGUUUUUUAUGUCGAAUUAAAACUCAGGCAAAUUUAAUUCCGGAUCUGAAAUUCUAAUUUUUCUCAGUAUCCAACUAGGAGACCCGGGUUCAAAGUUCAGUAUCCCCCUGAGAAUUCUUGUAUCCCAUUUCUGGAUGCUGAUUAGCACAAGUGUUAUACCCUGUCCCAUCCAAAUACUGUUAGUCUCCAUAACUUUCACUGUUACAAAUUACAAGAAAAACAGGAGACUUGAUGGUCAACAACUGGACAAUUCAUUAAUUCACUAAAAUGCACAUAAUCCUUCUAUAUGCUAGUCCUCAAUGAGGAAAGGCUGAUAGCAAACUCGUAGUAUUCAAAAGCUAUCAGGAGACUGUCAGAGAUGCUUAACAUUUUCCUGAGGCUUGAAUUUUCUCAGUACCCAGUUGGGAUACUGUUCGGUAUCUGACACCAAAUUUUAGUAUACCAUAGACAUCAGGAUACUGAAAAAUUUCAGUUGUAAUUUACCAUUAAAUUUGUGAUUAGUCAGAUGAAUUGAAGUCUUAUGUAACAAGCCAUCAUGGAUCACAAAGAAAUACUGGUCAGCCUCAUGAUAAGAAACUGACAUUAGCAUAAUUUGUGUUACUGUUUACUUCAACACAAUAUACAACAUUGUAUGAAAGGAAGAUGUGUUACCGACAACAGGUGUUUUAUACAUGUACCUGUACAUCUGCAUUUGACAGACAAAACAUAAUACAUGUAAUGCAAUAAGUUUAAUUCUUUAAAAACAAACUAAAUACAUGAACUCAAAUUAAUAAUAUUAAUAUAAAUAUGCCUGUAUAUAGUAUUUUUACCUCAAAAGGUGCCACAACAGCCUAUUUCAUCUAAAAGGAAUCAUCAGCCAUCUGAUAAUUCCUCUUGGAUGAAACAGUCUGUUGUGGCAACCUUUUCAAGUAAAAGACUACAUGUAUAUCUGCUCUACAUACACAUGUAUUAUAUACUUUAUAUAAAACUCUUUAGUCUUAUAAAUGAUUGUUUUGAGUGUGAAACUCGAGUAACCGAACUUUUUAACUGUAAUUUUAUUCUUGUUAAUCUAUAACAUUGCUCCACAAUGCCAAGAGUUCAGUUGUGUCGAGCCCUCUCUUGAUAUAUAUUAUAAUCAAGGCUUUAUGCAAUUUAAUUGGAACUAUGUGUCACUGAAUUGAUAUGCUACUUUAUCACUGGUUGAACCUUGUAAUGUUCAAGAAUGACCAUAGAUCUGAAGAAUAAAAGGUUCUGUGGUUAGACUGUAAUGAUGCUUAAUGGAUUAAACUUGACCUUUUAUGGUUUGGUGGCAAAAUUUUUGUGGUCACUUCCAUAAAUUGUUGUUUAAUUUAUAAGGUCUCUAAAACAUGCAGAAAUAAAAACAGAGAAAUUUUUUCAAACUACUGUAUUUUUUAGAGGUUUAAAAAUGUAUUUAUGGAGGUUUUUAACAUUUUGCUAUUUCCAAAAAGUCCAUGAAAUUUCUUGCUUAGUUUCAAGUGAAUUUAAAAGCUGAAGUUUUAUAGAAAGGAACAAUGAAACCAAAACCACAAAAUAACAUCAGCACUUGCAAAUGAAUGUACAUUGUUAUUAGAUUGUUUUCAGAGUAAAAUCCCAAUAAAAGCCAUCUAAAUGGAUUUCCAGCCAGUUAGUGGUUGUAAAUUGGUGGAGAGUGAAAAUGUCUCUGCCCUUAAUUUCCCAUGAGAGCCUUUGAUAAAUUGAAUAACUAAGCAAAGACAAUGCGAGAAUGUUUUUCAAAGUGUUCUGCCAGUGGAAAACUCCUUAGAGGAGGAGGGAGAAAGGGGACACUAAUCGUAGGGCCCAACAUGCCAUAUUUUGAGAGUGUGUAGAAAAUUAAGCGAUUUUCUUCAGGUUAUGAAAUUUGCAGUAUCCUGAUAUCCACAGAAUACUAAAAUGUGGUUUUGGAUAUCAAACUGUGAAUGACUUGUAUCCCAACUGGAUAUUACAAAAUUCCAAACAGUAGGAUAAUAUUAAAUGUCUAGGGUGGUCUCCCAAUAGCUUUGAGUAUUGAAAAUAACAGCCUUUGAUUUCCAGUGGGAAUGGUUGGGUAGUUGUUGACUGUUAAAUCUCAUGUUGUCCAGUGAUGGAUCCAGCAAGGGGUUUUUUUUUGGGGGGGGGGGUAGCAGCCAAGCACGCUGAACCUGGCAGCACUCGCCAGAAGCAUACUGUCAUGAAGGUGUUCCGUCAACUUCUGUGCUUACAAUAUACCGAUACAUUGAAUAAAUACACUUAUAUAAAAUAUAAAUCCCCGAUUCUCUUGAUAUACUGUGAUUGAGUGAAAGACAAUGGAAAUUUUUCGCAUUUGAAUAUUUGAUUGCAUUUGUAAUUUUUAUUUUUUUAUCAAAUGCUUACAGUAUAAUGUUAGACAUUUGCAAAUCUAGUGCUGUGGUGCUGCCUUGAAUUCCAAAAAAGAUUUUGUUUAAUUUUUGUGACUUUAUUGUACACCCCUGUGCACCCCUUAUAAAUCCACCACUGAUGUUGUUAUUGUAAUUUGUAGUGAUUGACCGAUAAUCCAUAUCAGCAUUGGGCUGAUUUUUGUCUUAUCAGUAGAAUUGUUCCAGUGGGAUACUAGAGCAUUUCUCUCCUCCAUAGAUAUCUCUCUGUUGCUUAGUAACCUUUGCUAAACAUGCCUUUGCUAAACAAUUCAUUUAUAUUUAUCAAAUUUGUUACAGUUGAAAUCUGACUUUGACUUGUUUCAAUACUACUCUCCAAAUGUGGGAUACCAGAAUUCAAGUCUCUAGUAUCCCACCAGCAAUACUACUCUCCAAAUGAGGGAUACCAGAAUUCAGGUUUCUAGUAUCUAUGGUUAAAAAUAUACUGAAAGUCUGAUUAUUUCUUUUUAGAGAGAGGAAAUCUAUUUGAACUUGGUAUUAGAAUUUGUCCCAGAAACUGUAUAUCGAGUUGCAAGACACUAUAGCAAAUCUAAACAAACUAUUCCUUUAGUUCAUGUCAAGGUAUUGUUGAAUAAUACUGUAGUAUGCUUAUUGUUCAAUGUGUAUUUUGUGAUGCUUCCACACAUCCUCCAGAAUACAGUGCUUUCGAAAUAAAAGCUUCUGUAGCAGAUAUACUGUAUGAUACAUGCAUGUUUCAGUUUGUACAAUGGGUGAUUUAUUUCAGGCUAUGAUAAACUGAAGAUGAAAUGAUUAUGCAAAAAAUACUAACCUAGUCAUGUGCAUACAAAAGCUGCCGCAAAUGGGCGGCAAAAACAGAAACGCGAGCAACAACAAUCUUUUUAAAUAUCAAAAGAAUUUUGAAAAAAGUCUUGUCAAAAAUUGUAUGUUGAAAGUCAAUGUCCAGCAUAAUGCAUAUGAAGAACCAUGGAUGAUUUUCAUCACAUUUCUUUGUUUUGCUGCAUGAAUGAUUGUUGUAACAGGGUGUUAGCUAGCUCAUAUACUGUCCGUUUGACGGACUCUUCCCAAUUGAAGUAGCUAAGGGGCUUUCCCAACUGCGUGUACCGGAAGAUUUUCAUUUUUUCUGAUGAGAAAGUGCAUUGCGUUUGAUUUUAUAUUAUUAUAUCAAAGAACGUUGUAUUUACUUUUUCCCAUUAACUAUUUUCUCAAAAUGUAUCACGUUUCAUUCAUAUUGGGAGUGUAUUCACCGAAAUGAAAUGUACAAAACAAAGUGUAAUCGGUGUGCAUCCGUGUUCAUUCACCGGAAACGAAAUAUACAAAUUUUGAAGUGCCAUCGGGUGCAUUUUUCAGUGUUCAUUCACCGGAAAUGAAAUGUACAAAGCCAAGCUACCAUUGUUUGCAUCUAAGGAGAAACACGUUGGAAAAAACACUAUUUAUUCCUACACAAGGACUUUGAUCGGUCAAAAUAACUUUCCCAAUUUACGUUUAAUGGACAAAACUUUCUUUUUCUGGCUAACACCCUGUGUAAACUUGGAGUUUGAAUUAAUGAGAAACAAACAUUAUUUUUCUGAAAUUCUGGAUGUACAAAAUUAAUAGCCAUUAAAUGUUUAUCAAAAAAUAUAUUAAUUGUUAUGAGUUCAUGCAUGGAGUUAUUUUUAUGGAGAUACAUGUAGGCUAUGCUGGUACAGCCAAUUCGCCUAUGUAUGUAUGCUGGCAUUUUGAAUGUGGUGCUACUCCCUAGUUUCUGCAGCCAUGAUACAGUUAUUAUUAAUAUUACAUAAAAUAUGGAUUGGUCAAUUCAAGCUGUGGAAGUUUUGACCAUUAAUAUUAUACACUUAAUGUCUGCACCCGAGGGAAAUAGUUAGUUUUGUUUUCCCUCGAAUCUCAAUGUUUCCCGAGACGAAGUCGAGGGAAACAUUGAGAUUCGAGGGAAAACAAAACUAACUAUUUCCCGAGGGAAAAGACAUUAAGUGUUUUGUUAUAUAGCGACGAAACAAAUAUCAACAUUGAACAACAUUCAUACAACAAUAUUUGUAUUUCAUGACAAAAACUCUAUGGCGUAAACGAGUUUAAAAUUUUAAAAACCUACUUAAAUGGUUUCAGCAGCAUAUCCUGUUGCCUGUUAUGUAUUUUUCUUCUCUUUUACAUUCUUUAUUUUAACACAAAGCCACGAAAACAGAAGUUUAAAUAGUAUAAAUUUGUGCCGCCAUUGCACAUGCUGUUUAUUUAUGUACGUAGCCGGUCGGGGUGGGCAACAAUUUUUCACUUAUUGCCCGGGCGGGAUACAUUGCAUUUAUCUAAAGCCACGUGACUACAAGGAAAAUACUUUCUGAGAACUCGAAAAUGUUCUGUGACCCAUGGUCGGAUACUUUUGCACCCCUGCGGCCCUGCCGAAAUGUAUCUGAGGUAUCUUGUAUCAAUGCCUAAUUUUUUUUUCUUUAGCUUUACAUGUAUCAGCUGUUUCGUUCAUUAGCGUACAUCCACUCGCUUGGAAUUUGUCAUAGAGAUAUCAAACCUCAAAAUCUGUUGCUAGAUCCAGAAACAGCAGUAUUAAAAUUAUGUGAUUUUGGAAGGUAAUGAGAUUGAGAAGUAACAUUUCAGAUUGUGUUUGUAUAAAGAUAACAUUUCAGAUUGUGUUUGACAUGUAUAAAGAUUGUGUUUGUUUCACUUAUGCCAUUUUCUUGUUCUUCUGUGUAGUGCAAAGGUUCUUGUAAAAGGAGAGCCAAAUGUGGCUUACAUCUGUUCUCGAUAUUACCGUGCACCUGAACUAAUAUUUGGAGCUACAGAUUACACUUCAAAUAUAGGUAUUGUGUGUUUGGAAAUAUGUAGUGUAUAUUUAUAUUUAAUGUUACAAACGUAUCACUAGAACAACUUUCAGGGAACAUUUUCCAGGGAUGGAAAAGUAGUCGAGCACGCAAGCACUGCUCGCAGGCAAUGUUAAACAAACAGCCACAGGAGAUUUGUUAGAUUGAAGAUUUGCAACUUGCAGAUUUGAAAGAAACAACAAUAUGAAUGCUCCACAUGGGUCAAAAACUUCGUAUGUUUAGGCAGAGAUUUACACACAAAAAUACGCAGUUGGUGUAAAGGAAAGUAGUGAUUGAUCGGAAUCGGUAGAAUAUUACUUUCCUUUAGCGAUUUACCGAUUGUGCAACAAUCGGAAAUUACCGAUUAUUCAUGCCACAAUCUACCCGAUACCGUAACCGAUUUUAUGACGUCAUAAUAUCAGUAAAGGUGACGUCAUUCAUGUCGAUUUUUUAACGAUACUUUCCAACGUAAAAUGUUACUGCAACCAAAGAUCGUUAAAAUCGUUAAUAAAUGGCACGCUUCACGCAUUAAUUAAACAUACUGUAUUGCGUUGAAAUGCAACAUGUAUCAACGUGCAAUGCAUAUAUUUUUUAAAGUGCUUAUUUUCUCAACAAUCGGAAAUACAGAUAAUUAUAAUUGUCCAUAUUUCCGAUUGUCUAAAACCGAUUGUUGAGAAAAUAAGCACUUUAAAAAAUAUAUGCAUUGCACGUUGAUACAUGCCGUACAUGCAGUAUAUGUUUAAUUAAUGCAUGAAGCGGGCCAUUUAUUAACGAUUUUAACGAUCUUUGGUUGCAGUAACAUUUUACGUUGGAAAGUAUCGUUAAAAAAUCGACAUGAAUGAUGUCACCUUUACUCGGUCGACUGAUAUUAUGACGUCAUAAAAUCGGUUACGGUAUCGGCAUAGAAUAAGAAAUGAAUAGAAGGGCAACUCACGCGUACAACGCGUAACCAAUUUCAGUGCGCACGCGCGGGAUCUUUCAAGCUCGCAGCCAGUAAAGCCAGUCAGUGCAAUAGGGAUUUGUAUUACGAAAUGUACAUUUUGAUCACAAAAUCGACUAUAUUUCGGAAACAAAGGAUUGGAAUAUCAAACUACUACAACUGCCUGCAGAGGCAUUGUAAGCCUAAAUUAUUAUUGUGGCUAGCAUAGAAAGAAACGAAUAUUUAGGGAGAAAUUUGAUAUUGUUGUGUGAGCUACAGUCCGAAUCUGAAUGAAAUGCUGACAGUCGAUCGCGUAUACUGUGUUAUUUAUUUCGAUUUUCGAGGUUUAUAUCAAAUCUUAUCAGUACAGGUUUUAGGCUCAGAUUCCAGCCGUUGUGUUCUCGCCACUCGCCCACUUAACGGCUGGGUCAAUGAGCUUCGGCAUUGUUCUGAUUGACCAAUCACAUUACAGCCCCCCAAAAUUUGGGGGGCAUAAAUUUGUAUUAAUAAUGCAUAAAUUUAACACAAAGGUAAUAAAUUAAAUAUGGCUAAAGCGCAUUGCUGAAGCGUUCGAGGUCGGCGUUGUGCAAAUAUGUGCACUUAAAAAGAUCUGUUCAACGAUAUUUAUAUGUGAACUACAUGGGUUAAAGCGACAUUUUUUGGGGAAGAGUAAUUCCGACGAUUUUUACGACACCAACCGAAGUCUCUCUACGAAUAAUAGUCGCUGGAAUGUUUUCGUCUUUUCGAAUCCGUUGCAUAUUUUUAUAUUGUGUUUAUAAAUAAUAUAUCUCAUUGAGGAUUCUUGGUCAUGAAAGGGCAAAGAAUAUUUUGCGUGUGGCUGAGCAAAAUUAAUAACCUUUCUUUUUUUAGCUUAGCUAGGUGGCCUAGUCCUUUGAAACCCUCCCUGUUUCUGCUGAUUCAGUUGGACAUUUAUAAUUAUAUUUACAAUAAACCUGGAUGUGUUUAUUAUUGGGCUGGUCUGACAUAUUGCCAG